AUGAAAAUUGCUAUUCAAGGUUGUUGUCAUAACACUUUAGAUAUAAUUUAUGAAACAUUAAAGCAUAUUGAAAAUGUUAAUCAAAUUAAAAUUGAUUUAUUAUUGAUUUGCGGAGAUUUUGAGUCAAUACGAAACCUUAAUGAUUUGGAUUGUAUGAAUGUACCAGAAAAAUACAAAGAACUUGGCAGCUUUUACAAAUAUUAUUCUGGUAAAGAAAAGGCACCAUAUCUAACAAUUUUCAUAGGAGGAAAUCAUGAAGCAAUUAAUUAUUUAUGGGAAUUAUAUUAUGGAGGGUGGGUAUGUGAUAAUAUUUAUUUUAUGGGAUAUUCAAAUGUAAUUAAUUUUGGAGGUCUUCGUAUUGGUGGAGCAUCAGGAAUAUAUUAUAAUAGUGAUUAUAAUUUAGGAUAUCAUGAAACUUACCCUUACAAUAGAUCUUCAAAGAUUAGUUCAUAUCAUGUUAGAUUUUAUGAAAUAUACAAGUUACUUCAGAUACAAAAACCAAUGGACAUAUUUUUAUCUCAUGAUUGGCCACAAGGUAUCAGUUAUCAUGGUGAUUUAAGUCAACUUCUUAGACAGAAGCCAGCAUUUGAAAAAGAUAUUAAUUCAGGCAAAUUUGGAUGUCCUCCUUUUAAACAUUUAUUAUAUAAAUCAAAGCCUAAAUUUUGGUUUGCUGCACAUCAUCAUGUUAAAUUCGCUGCUUUAGUUCAUCACGAUUCAUCAUCAAUCAAUAAUUACAAUAGUAACGAUGGUAAUAUAUUAGAAUUUAAGGGUUUUAAUAUUGAAGAAAAAAAGUUGGAUGAGGAAUUAGGCGAAGAAAUUAAUGAAAAGUUGGAUGAAGGAAUGAAAGAGAAGGUGGGCGAAGGGAAAUAUGAUGAUAAAAAAAUUAUAAGUGAGGUUCCUGGUGAUGUCAAUGAAAAUAAAUUAAUCAUAGGAAAUACUAAUACUGAAUUUUUGGAAGCUGUAACAACAACUUCAACGGUUGAUUUAACAUUAUCUUCUUCAUUCACUUCAAAUAUUGCAACAACAAGAUUUUUAUCGUUGGACAAAUGUGUUCCUGGGAGAAAAUUUUUACAGAUUUUAGAUUUUCCAAAUAAUGAUAAUGAAGUUAUGGAAUUGAAAUAUGAUGAAGAGUGGUUGGCAAUUAUAAAAGCUACAAAUCCAUACUUUAGUACGUCACAUGUUCAAGAAAUUUUGCCAACAGAAAACGAGAUAAACAGUAAAAUAGAAACUGAAUUAAAGUGGAUAAAAGAAAAUAUUUCAAAUAAAGAAUCUGGACUUUUGAUUCCAAAAAACUUUCGACCAACAGCUCCAGCGUAUGAUGAUACUUUGUCUCCCACCCAACAAAAAUCUUUCAACACAAAUUUCAUCGCCCCACUUGAUGAUAUGCAUGAUCCUUUAUUUGAUAUAAGAUUUAAAAAUGGUUUAUUAAGCUUCUCUGAACCUUCGUCAUUAUCGCAUUCAACAUCGCUAUUGAAAAAACGUGCUCAGCCACCACCACCAAAAAAAUCUUCAAAAGUUAAUCCACCAGGGAUUUCAAUUGAUAAUCAAGAAGCUACCUCAGAAACAUUGGAACAUGAAUUACACAAGCACUAUGAAGAAGAAUCAGAGGAUUGGUGGGAAGUUUAUCGUUCCUAUGAGUAUGAAACUGCAGAUUCAUUGGGUAACAUGUUUUUAGUAGAAGUGGAAGAAGCUCAAGUAAUUCAUAAACAACAUGCUUUAAUGGAUGAUUUACAACAUGCCGAUGUGUCAACUAAAGAGUAUGCAUCACAAGAAACAUUGAAUACUGGUGGCAUGGUUACUAAAAGUUCCAAAGAUAAUGACAAUAAUAAAGCAGGUAGCAGUUUUGCUAGUGGUGGCGGUGGAAUACAACAAGUUCAAGAUAAUGUUAAUAAUACUUCAAUAGCUGAAGCACGAUUUGUUCAAUACGAAUAUACGUUGGAAAUUGAUUUAUUUAAUCAAUGGGAAUACCAAAGUGAACAGGUAACAAGUAAAAAUGAUAAUUUGGAAUUGAUUAAUUAA